CGAUUCGUCACUCUUUCAUAACUCUUUCAUUUGCCAAUUCAGUCUGAGUCAAAACCGCUCCUAAUUAAUCAAGUUUUUCUUCUUUAGAUAUAUAUUUUUUCUACCUCUAAUUAUAUAUAUAUAUAUAUAUAUAUCGAUAAUGGCUGGUGCUGCAGAGAUGGUGGAAGAUUGGAGUUUGCAGGCUAUAGUGAGGGGGUCGAGCGGAGACUUCACGAGGAUCGUUGAUGUGGAGAUGGACGGCCACGAUUCGUUUCAUCAUCAUCGUCAUCUUCUUCUUGAUGAUCAGCAUGAAGGUCGUGUAUGCGAUGGAGGCUUUCAUAAUAAUAAUAAUAAUAAUAUAGUGGACGAAUUAGAAGAGCUUUACAAGCCGUUUCUGAGCAGCAAUUGUUCCGACCGGGCGGUUCACCUCCCGGUUCGGACCGUCCUCCACUUCCAAGACCAUAAUGUCUCCUCCGCCGCCGCCGCCGGAGAUCACCACAACCAACCGCCGGGGCCACCUGUUCUGCAGCAAUCGCCGAUUAGAGCUCCCUAUUCACCAAAAUACAAGAGAAGGAAGAAUCAGCAGAAGAGAGUGGUGAUUCAGGUGUCUGCAGAGGGGCUGAGCUCGGACAUGUGGGCAUGGCGGAAGUACGGACAAAAGCCCAUAAAAGGGUCGCCCUAUCCUCGAUCGUAUUACAGAUGCAGCAGCUCAAAAGGGUGCCUGGCAAGAAAGCAGGUGGAGCAAAGCUGCACAGAUCCCGGAAUGUUCAUCCUCACCUACACCGGCGACCACAGCCACACUCAGCCCACUCGCCGGAACUCCCUCGCCGGAACUGUCCGCCAGAAAUUCCCAAAUAAUAAUAAUAAUAAUAAUUCUAACAAGCCAUCAUCCUCGUCGUCGUCGUCUUCUCUCCUCCUCAAACAAAAUAAUAAUAAGAAGAAGAAAUCCCCAAACAGCAACACCACUAUCACUACAACUAAGCUGCUGGUUCAUCCAAUAUCAUCAAGAACUAAAGAGGAGGAAGAAGAUGAUCAUGAAUUUAUGGAUCAGAAAAAGGAUGCAGUAAAGAUGGUGAUGCCUGCAGAAUUAUUGUUAGAAGAAGAAGAUCAGUUUGAAUUCGGAUUGGACGAGGAUUUCUUUUCAGGUUUGGAAGAGUUUAAUGACUUUAUUAUUAUGUCGGAUCUGUCUUCUUCUUCUUCGUCUUCUCCAAAUCUUGAUCAUCAAGAAUGUCACGCUCCCAAUUCGUCUGCUGCUCACCAAUUUCCUCUAAGAUCUUGUAGUUGUUAGACAUUAUACAUUGUACCGAAUUCAGGACAGACACACACAGCUUUUGUAAAGGAAUCAAUGGUGAAAAUUAAUAUCAAUAUCAAGUUAGUAAGAAUUGCAGUACAAUUAGUAUAUAAUAUCAUGAACAAGGUAAUAAUAACCAAAUCCUUGUUCUUACUUUUUAAUUUUUAUUUGAUGUGCCAUUCAUGUAAAGUAAUAAUUAAUAACUUGUUGCCUUUUUUACUUGACAUCAAACUU